CCGAAGACACUCAUCUCUCCAUAUAAAUACUACUCCCACUCCUCCUUUUCGGCAAAUCCCAAAACCACGCCAAGAAAAACAAUUCCCCCAAGGAAAACAUUUUCCCAGAAAACGCGUAAACCAAAGCAAAAGCCAAAAAAAUAUCUCUCUUUCUCUCCGUAAGCUUCAUAUUUUCGGAUCAAAUUUCUAGGGCUUUUUGAAAAAACAAAAAAAAAAUUAGGGUUUUUAGAGAGAGGGAAAGAGAGAGAGAGAAUGAGUGAUCACUUGGUGUUGUACGUGGACCGUCUGGUUCGUCCAGGUGAGGACGUUGGGAGCUCUUCUGGGUCGAGCUCAGGCCCAGAAAUUGCAGGCCCAUCUUGUGAUCAUCAUGAUCAUGGUGAUGAUGAUGAGAGAAUUGAGGUUUGUAGCGAUGGGUCAGAUGGAGAUGAGGAGGAGGAGGGGGAGAAGAAGCCGCUGAUUGAAAUGGCGGAAUGUCGGAUUUGUCAGGAGGAAGAUAGCGUCAGCAAUUUGGAGAAUCCUUGUGCUUGUAGUGGAAGCCUCAAGUAUGCGCAUAGAAAGUGCGUCCAGCAUUGGUGCAAUGAGAAAGGGGAUAUAACUUGUGAGAUCUGCCAUCAGCCUUAUCAACCUGAUUAUACUGCACCACCUCGCCCUGAAGAAACUGCCAUUAAUAUUGGUGGAGGCUGGACAAUAUCUGGCACCCCUUUGGAUCUUAGUGAUCCUCGCAUCUUGGCAAUUGCAGAGGCAGAACGUACUUUUUUGGAAGCUGAGUAUGAUGAGUAUGCAUCCUCAAAUGCCAGUGGAGCUGCAUUUUGCCGUUCAGCUGCUUUGAUUUUAAUCGCCCUCUUGCUCUUGCGGCAUGCAUUGACCAUCACAGAUCCUGAUGGUGAAGAUGACACGUCUACUUUUUUCUCUCUCUUCUUGCUUCGGGCUGCUGGUUUUCUAUUGCCCUGCUAUAUUAUGGCUUGGGCCAUCAGUAUCUUGCAGCGUAGACGUCAAAGACAGGAGGCUGCAGCUUUGGCAGCAACUCAAGUUGCUAUUGUGCUACAGUCCGGCCAAGGUAGAGGUCUGCAAUUUUCAAUAGCACCAGGAGCCACAAUGCCUUCACACCAGGAACCUGUUUAAUUUGUAUGGCCAUGCAACUCGGAGAUAGUGAUUCGGCAGAAGUUAGAGACGAUAAAAUUUCCUUUAUCCAGAAAGAAUAAAAAUAAAAAAAAAGAAAAGAAAAAGGUUUUAUAUGUGGUAAAUUCUAUCAUGGUUAGUUGAAAUAGCCAUGAAAUUGUUGGGUUUUUUUUUUUUUUUUUUUUCCUCCAUAUUUUGUAUUUACCUUUUCUAUUUAUGUAUAGAUUAAAUGAUUAAUAACACAUUCCUUGGCAUGAGCACCUUGAAUCACCUUAUUUUUA